AUGACGGCCGGGGGUCCGUGCCGAAGAGGUCACCGGAAGAAACGUGUCGCUGGUAUUUCCUCGCCCUGUGGAUCCCCAAUACCCGCAGUCAGAUUUUCAUUUAGUUUCCAGCUUCCAAGCUUCCAAUCCCACGAACAGAGCCGCUCUGUACCCACGUUGUUGCCGGCGUGGGGACACAAGGCGCUUUGGCUGGAAAAAAACACGGAAAUACGACGAGCCGCGAUGUAUCUUCACUUUGGUUUCAAGGGCGAGCAUUACGACGUGUUCGAUGUGUUGCAAGGGUCCUGGGUGUUGAGCCAUGGUGUGCAGGGACUGGCGAGCCAUAUUGUUAUCGUGUUCUCUGUGGUCCGGAUUAUCAAUCGACCAAACAAAGCUCUCGUUCAAUCUCAAGGACCUCCUCGGGAUGGCGCUUUCUCGUCUUGGCCCCUUCCAUCCCUUGGAUUUCCAAUCAUCCCCAAAAACAAAGUAGCGGACGCCCUGUUACUCCAAAUGACCAGGGUGUCCGAGCAAUGGUGGGUGUACAGCCACUAUCGAGCUGUUUUCAGAUCUAUGCCAACCCUAUUCACCGUCCACAAUAAGAUCCGGAACCUCAAAGCGCUCUGCCUAAAAUGUUGCACAUCCCAUGAAUUUGGUACCAUUGACAUCUUUCCCCUAUCACCCGGCCUUUCCAAGGGCACGGAUAACCCACGGUUCACGCAGACCGAAAAGUUGCGGGUCUAUGUCUGA